AUGAAACUGUUGCUGAGUAUGGAUCGGAAGAUAAAUGGACUGGAAAAACGGUUGGUUACCUUAGAAACAUUAGACAAAAAAGUAGAUAAAUUUGACCAAGAAUUGAAAAAGUUAUGGAAUCAUGUUCAUGAUAACGUUAAACGGUUGGAUUCUAGGGUAGGUUCAGUGGAAGAUAAAGUAGAAAGUGCCGAUUUUGCAACAGGGCUUGUAAAUGAUAAAGUUAUCCAUAUGGAAAAACAGUGUGAGGUUUUACGAGAAGAGAUUGUUUAUCUACAGUCACAAUCCAUGAGGAACAAUUUGGUAUUCGGUAAUAUAUCGGAGGCCCCGACAGAGACGCCACACGAUUGCGAAAAGGUAUUAAGAGAUUUCAUGUUAAAGGAAAUGAAGCUAGCUGAGGAUCUCGUUUCACAAAUCAAAUUUGAUAGGGUACACAGGAUGGGCAAACAGAGUGAAAAUAGAAGCAGGCGCAUAAUUGCUAAAUUUACUGAAUUUAAGGAGCGUGAGUUUGUACGCAAGCAGUGGAAAUCACUGCAAGGUACGCCAUAUUUUAUAACUGAACAAUUUCCAAAGGAAGUAAAUGAUAAACGGAAGGAAUUGAUGCCAAAAUUAAAAGCCGCUAGAAGUGAGGGUAAAAGGGCGUGGCUCGCCUAUGACAAACUAUAUGUGGAUGGUAAACUUGUUGAUGAUAAGUAG